AUGGCACCCAUCUUACCCCGAGGAGCGGGGUACGGAGUAGUCGUGGGAAUGGGAUUGGUCUUCAGUCUGGUCAUGGUCGGGUUAAGCAAGAUCCAAACCAAAUACACGUCUCACAAAGUCACUUCCACCGAAGAGUUCACCUCGGCCAGUAGAAGCAUUCCACCUGGUCUGAUCGCCGCCGGUAUUGUCAGUGCGUGGACCUGGGCGGCUACCCUGCUACAAUCCAGUGCUACGGGGUACAAAUUUGGAAUCAGUGGACCGUAUUGGUAUGCCUCAGGGGCAACUAUCCAGAUCCUUCUUUUCGCCAUGAUUGCAAGUAAACUGAAGCAGAACGCUCCAAAUUGCCACACCUUCCUGGAGAUCAUUCGUGCUCGAUGGGGAAAGGCAGCCCACUUGACAUUCUUGUUUUUUGGUCUUGCAACCAACAUCAUCGUCUCGACCAUGCUCAUCCUUGGAGGAUCCGCUACUGUCACCGAUCUUACCGGGAUGAACACCAUCGCAGCCUGUUUCCUCAUCCCACUCGGCGUAUCAAUCUACGUUCUAGCCGGCGGAAUGCGAGCCACUUUGAUCGCAGACUACUCGCACACCCUUGUCCUCUACUGUAUCUUGAUAAGCUUUGCCCUGGUGGCAUACGCCACUAGCCCAAUCAUCGGAUCACCAGCCAAGAUGUGGGAGAUGCUCAAGAUUGCGACAGAAAACCACCCGGUCAAGGGCAAUGCGGAAGGGUCGUAUCUGACCAUGAGGUCAAAGAGCGGCUUGAUCUUUGGUGUCUUGAACAUUGUCGGCAACUUUGGAACGGUCUUCAAUGAUCAGGCCUACUGGCAAAGAGCCAUCGCGUCACGUCCGCAAACCAGUGUCAAGGCUUUCCUACUUGGAGGUGUCGCCUGGUUCUCAGUCCCGAUGGGUAUCGCCACUAGUCUCGGUCUGGCCGCCGUCGUUCUCGCUCACGGUGACAAUCCACUCAUCACCCUGACCUCGGAUGAAGUAUCGGCAGGCCUGCCAGCAGUGAAAGCCGCCGCUGCACUCAUGGGUCAAUCCGGCGGAAUCGCCAUGCUCAUCUUGCUCUUCUUGGCCGUCACUUCAGCUUGCUCCGCCGAGCAAAUUGCUGUCUCAUCGCUCUUGACGUAUGAUGUCUAUGGGACAUAUGUGAACCCUCAUGCGUCUGAAAAACAGAUCCUGAGAUCUUCUCAACUGUGUAUCUUGCUCUACUCCCUCUUCAUGGGUGCCAUUGCCACAGCCUUCAACUAUAUUGGCGUUUCCAUGGGCUACCUCUACGAACUGAUGGGGUGCCUGAUUGGCUCAGCGGUCGUUCCCAUUGCUCUAUGCAUCACUUGGAAAAAGGCCAACGGUACUGGAGCGAUAGUCGGAGCCAUUGUCGGUUUCUGCGCCGCCAUUGCAGGCUGGAUCGGUAUCACUGCCAAACUCAACAACGGAGUCGUCACUGUCGACACGACUUUUGGGGAUUAUGAGAUGCUCACCGGGAAUCUGCUUGCCAUUGGAAUCGGAGGUCUUAUCACCGUUGGAUGGUCGAUCAUUCGACCUGCCAAUUUCGACUGGGAAAUCACACGAGCCAUUAAUACUGUCCAACAUGGUCAGGUCGACGUUCAUUCCAGUACACCCUCUGGAGCCGCGACGCCUACUCGGGAGAGCAAGGACGAAUCUGGUGCAUUCACGCCCGGCGAAAAGGAUGGAUCAGGUCUAGCUGUAGCGACACUUCCUGUCGUCGAGGAUUCCGAAGAGGAUCAAGAUGCGAGAGAUCUACAAAAGGCUUUCCGAUUCGCAUCUUGGUCUGCUUUGUCACUGGUGCUCAUCUUGAUCAUCUUGAUCCCUCUGCCACUGUUCUUCUCUUCAUACGUAUACCCUCAGCAUGGCUUCACCGCUUGGGUCAGCAUCAGCUUGAUCUGGUUAUUCGUGGGCUUGGCCCUAGUCGGUAUCUAUCCGAUGUGGGAGGCCAGACAUGGUUUGAGGGAUAUUGUCAACGGGAUAUGGAGGGACCUAAGACGCAAGUAA